AUGAGGACUCGUCAAGCAGUCUCGAAGAGAAAUGAAGCUUCAAAGAGUUCUACUAAUUCAUCUUUCACCAUUAGGAGUGUAAGGUAUGCAGAGUGCCAGAAGAAUCACGCUGCGAGCAUCGGAGGAUACGCCGUUGAUGGAUGCAGAGAGUUUAUGGCGAAUGGGGAGGAGGGAACAGCAGGUGCACUUACUUGUGCAGCAUGCGGCUGCCAUAGGAACUACCAUAGAAGGGUGGUGGAAACUGAGGUGGUUUCCGAGUGCUCGUCGCCUUCUUCACGUGGGACAUAUAUAGACUCUUUUGCUCAGCCAAUGGCAUUGAUUUCUGAAGAUUCGUUACUUUGUUAA